CUGCUUGAAAACGGUUUGAGGCACAGACCACAAUUUACUGGCUUCACAACGAACACGAGCUUACUAUUUUCCCCCGCUGUUUUGCUCUCGCCCCGCAGACGGAAGUCUUGAACAGCUCGCAGCUCAUUCUGAAGUUUUAGUGUAUAUCCCACACUAGGGAUUAAGCCAGCUGUUUGAAAAGGGGCGACUAUGGGUGAUUUAAGAUGCACUCCAAAAAAAUGCUUUAAACGGGAGCAUUUGCCUUUGUCAGAGUUGAAAGAAAUCUACAAGGAGGACCACGCCUAUCUAUCGAAGAGCAACAUUCCCCUUUAUCCCGAAUCUGUGCUCUUCAGAAUAUCCAGAGUAUGCCAUGUGACAGGGAAAAGUGGCUUCCGUGGGAUCAUCGAAGAUGGUGGAUUCCAGAAGCCUGCUCAGGACAAGACCGAGGACAAGACCGAGGACAACUUCCUGUGGUGGAGCCUGUCAGUGACAAAGAGUGAGAUUGCAUCUGCUGAGAAGCGCUUUCUCAGGUGGAAAUCCAAGGACGCGGACUACAACCAGUCUCCUUUCCUGGAGAAGUUCACCACCUCCCCGGCGUUCCAGAGCGAGUCUCGCUACGGCAACUUCCGCUUCACCUUCCCUUUCCGGAAGCUCCUGCGUGAGUACGCCCAGCGGUUCUGCAAGGACUCCGCCCCCGUCCUGCGUGUUCUGUGCACUGAGCUCUACCGGCAGCAGAUCCUCUACACCGUGCUGGUGCAUCCGCGGCACGUCCAAAAGUACGGCCAGUACCCUCGCCUGCCCCUUUACGACAAGGGCAUUUGUGGUUACCGUCGGGGGCGCAUGUUCUGGUUCUGUCAGUCUCCCUCAGACUGUUAUCGCAACCAACUGAAUAUGGAUGAGGAGAACAUGUGGGCAGAACCGCUCAGUAGUCAGGAGCAGGAGUACUACGUGUGGGACCACGUGGCCGUGGUCUUCCAUAUGGAGCCAGAUUGGAAACUAGCCAUGGAGAGGAAGUGGCUGCUCAAAAAUGUGACGCUGUGUGAGAUAGCAGAGCCAUGUCGCCGGAGGCCAGAGGACCAGCUCACUAAGAAAGACGCCGAGGAAGUACUAGAGGAACUGAAACGCAAACAUUUAUGAAAUAUUAUAUUUAUUCAUGUUAAGGGCAAAUGAUGUAUAAACUGGAAGCUCUCUUCUCCAGGUGUAGCAUACAGCCCCAUCCAGGUAGAUGCUCAGAAACAAUUAGAUAUUCUAACAUUCUAGCAUUACAGAUCCAGUCUUGCUUGAGAAUUGUAGCUUGGUGUGUUCUUCCAAUUAUGCCCACUAGAUGGCGAAAAAAACGUUUGCUAUUGUCGGUACCAUUAGCAAAUGACCCUUCUUUACUGCUCUGACAGCCGUAGACCAAUUCAAUAUACAUUGUAUCCAUCACGGUGUUAUCGCUGCUCAAUUCUUUUAUAAAAUGCAAUGUAAGCUUAUAUUUCAACUGUUAUUUCUUUGCUAACAUCCAUUUACUGUUAUUUUAAUGCCUUUAAAACUUCUUCUGUCUUCUGCUGUUUGCUCGUGCAGUUGUUUUAUGGACCCAUGAUGUGAGCACAGACUACUUUUCCUAAAAGCAACAAAUAAAAGAAGCAAAACAGA